AUGUCCCUCUCAGCCCUCACCGCCCAAAGCGAGUUGAUCGCUUCUGUCUUUCGUCCCGCCCACAGACUGGGUCCAGAGUACCUCGAAGAGCUUGCCCUCACUUGCGCCGAGCCUUAUCUCGAAAAGUAUGGGUCUGCAUCUGCUUUCCUUGAGGAGACGAGGAUGGCGCCUUGCCUGUUCUACGGCGUGACCACCGCGCGCUUCGAGCCCAAGCUCGGACAAGAGGUUUCUUCCCAAGGUCUUGGUAGAGUCGGCUACAGGACCAAGGGGCCUGAAGACGAACUUUGGUUCUUUGACACUUUCACCUACAACGGUCAGGCUGUGAACCGAAAUGACCUUUGCCGCUGCUGGGCCAUCACUAUCGACAUGGUCUUCUUCCUCGAGUGGAUCACCAACAUUGGCUUUGCGGACGAAUUUAACCGCGCCCACCUUCUCGAGCUUGUUUCGCUGUACCAAGGUACUUCUGGAGAGGCCGACUAUCUGCGAAAGAUGAUUGAGGAGAGCGAGUGCCCUGUCUGGGAUCUCUAUGAGGCUAUGGACAUGCUGGCCCAAGCCAUGACCAAAACCAUGCACGAGCUCCAUCUCCUGGAGAUCGACCAACAGCUUCUCCCUACCACCCUCCCCGAGCACGCAGUGGUAUUCUUUGACGCCGCGCUCAACUACCGCCACGUCCUCCAGGAGGAAGAGGAGGCCAUCAUCAGUGCUUUUGGCCGCCCAAAGGCAUCGGCUGGCAUUCAGCAGACGAUGCUGCACCACUACAUGAACCGAUACAUUGGGGUGGUGGAUAUGUUCUUUUCCUGGGGGUCGUUCCCUUCGCAGCAGUGGGCGUUGGGUGAAGUGAGGGAUGAUGUUGAGAUGAGGCCUCUCCAUAGGAAGGGGGCUAUCCGCGGCAAGAGCGGAAGACGGACUGUGAAGGGGACCCAUAAGGGUCUUGCUUGUGUUGUGUAG